ACAGUUCUCCCUCUCCCACUCUCUCCCCUCCGCCGCCGGCGCCCGAUGCGCCGCCUCGCCGCGGCGGCGAAACCAUCCCGGCGGCGGCAUUUCUUACUCCCCUACCACAUCUCCACAAGAACCACCACGGCCACCGCCUCCUCAUCUUCCUCCCAUCCGUGCUCCUCCUACGACCCGACGGCGCAGUUCCUCCCCUCCGGCUCAUCCUCCCGGCACCUCCGCCUCCCCGCCUCCCUCCGCCGCGACGCGCUCCUCGGCCUCGCGCGCCUCCUCAAGACCUCCCUGCAAUGCCACCUCGCCCUCCACGCCCUCACAUGCACAUCCCCGUCGCCGCCGCCGCUCCCCGCUCGCUUCGCCGCCGCCGCCGGACUCACCGUGCUGUCUCGGCAGCUGCGCCCCUUCGCCUCCCUCCUCCUCGCGUCCCUCCUCCCGGCCGCCUCUCCACACCUCCUCGCCUGGUGCGCCUCCCCUGGCGGCGAUCCGUACGCCGCCCUUCGCCUCGCGCUCCACGCCUUCCUCGCCGCCAGCAUGCCGUCCGAGGCGCUCGUCGUGCUCGCGCGCGUCCGCAGCAUCGGGAAAACGCCCAGCAUCUCCGCGCUCGCAACCCUGCUGCGUCUGCUCUUCUGCGCGGGUGAGGUCCGGGCCGCAUGGAAGGUGUUCGCGGAAAUGACCGCGAGGGAGCCACGGCCAACACUCGCUAUCUUCAAUGCCAUGAUUCUCGGGUUCUGCCACAGAGGGCUCGUGCAUGUUGCCGCGGGAUUGCUCGGUGUCAUGUCGAGGUUCCGCGUUAUCCCGGAUGCGUGCAGCUAUAACAUCCUGAUCAAGGCUCACUGCGAGUCUGGUCAGGCAGGGGAUGCUUUCGACCUGUUUGACGAAAUGAUGCACAAGUCAGGGUGCGAGCCCACGGUUGUCACCUAUAACAUCCUGGUGAAUGCUCUUUGCCGCGAUGGGAAUAUGGUGGAGGCGAGGGGGCUGUUUGAUGAGAUGGCGAAGGCGGGUAUCGAAGCAAAUACAAUAACUUUCAAUGUUUUAAUUGAUGGGUAUGCAAAGGCUGGACGGAUGAGUGAGGCUAAUGCGGCCUGCAGGGAGAUGAAGUCGAGGGGACUGCUGCCGGAUUGCUGGACCUUCAACAUUCUUUCUGCGGGAGCAGACAAGUUUGGGAAGGCUGCGCACUUAACAACGCACGAGCAGGAGGAGGGUUCACAGAUAUCAGCAGACAGUAUAGAUAUGGUGGUCUGUAGGCUUUGUUGGGAUGGACGACUGGAUGAUGCCCGGCAGCUCGUGGGUAGUGCAGUUGAGCAGGGUGUUCCAGUGAGUGUUGCAGGAUUUAAUGCUCUGAUUGCUGCAUAUAGCAAGGGGGGAUUCGAAGAAGAAGCUCUCGAGUUAUACAGAAUUAUGAAAGAGAUAGGCCUUGCACCCUUGCCAUCCACUUUCAGUUAUGUGAUAAUGGGACUGUGCAAUCAAGGAAGACUAGAUGAUGCACAACUUCUGCUAGAACAUAUGAUUAGUAAGGGGUAUUCUGUGGGUACCUCAUUUACCAUUUACAUGGACUCAUGCUUCAGAUAUGGUGAUGUAGAAGGUGCCUUGAAAUGCUGGGAUGAUAUGGUGAAAGUUGGUGUGCAGCCUGAUUUUAUUGCCUUCUCUGCAUAUAUCAGUGGUCUUUGCAGAUUAGAUCACGUAAACGAGGCUUAUCGGGCAUUUGUUGAGAUGACAAGAAGAGGGCUUGUUCCGAACAAUAUUACUUACAACUCUCUCAUAUCUGCAUUUUGUAGGGCUGGCUAUGUGGCUGAAGCACUGAAACUAGAGAAGAAGAUGAGGCAGAGUGGUCUUGUUCCUGAUGUUUUCACAAGCAACAUUCUGAUUGAUGGUUUUUGCAGAGAAGGAAGGUUGGAUAUAGUGAAUAGGCAUUUCUUGGACAUGCGUAGCAGUGGCUUAACUCCUGAUGUAGUGACGUACAAUACAAUUAUCAAUGCAUAUUGCCGGGCCCAGGAUAUGAGCGGUGCCAUGGUUUUCAUGAAUAAGAUGCUUGCAGAUGGCUGUGAUCCAGAUAUUUUCACAUAUAAUAUUUGGAUCCAUAGCCUUUGUAACAACCAUUCGAUGAAUCGGGCGGCGAGAGUGCUGGAUGAACUUGUUGCUGUUGGUUGCACACCUAAUUUAGUUACAUACAACACACUGAUGGAUGGCAUUUGCAAUGAUGUCCUGGAUCGAGCUAUGAUUCUCACUGGCAAACUGAUUAAGAUGGCUUUUCAACCCAACACUGUCACAGUUAAUAUUUUCUUUUCUCAUUUCUGUAAGCAAGGUUUUGGAAGGCGGGCACUUGAGUGGGCUGAGAAACUGAGAGAAGAUUCUGUUGCCUUUGACGAUGAUACAAUGAAUAUACUUGACUGGGCGUACAGGGAGAUGGAGGAUGACCCCCGUGGUAGCAAUGCAGAUAUUGACAAGUGUAUGUUUCUUGAGUCCUUAAUGCUCAUGACAUACAACACUAUGAGCAAUAGUAGAUCCCCAAAGUUUGCAAAUGUGCCUAUCGAGACAGUUAUUGAUCCUGCUGGCAGCAACGCAAUCAAAGUUUUGGAUACUGGAUAAUGAUGGAAUUUCAAAACCACAUGAACUACUUGAAAACAUGAGCCACACAAUCAAAGUUUUCGGGCUUGAGAGGGACAUUCGCACGGGAACGAAACAACAGUCACCAGCCCUUAGCAGUUCAGGAGCAGUACCCUGCCAGUGCAGCCACACCGUCCUUAAACCCACUCUGGUCAGUGCUGGUCAUGCAUUCUGGCAUUGGAUAGGGAGCUGCAGAUCAGUACCUGCUGGGGCAUCGCCGCACUCAGGCUGCUCUUGGGCAAGAUGAGCAUUGCAUCCUCCAGCAAGGAUGAUCUUGUCCACGCCCUGACAGAGAAGAGCACCAAUGCCAGCAAAGAUGAAGCCCAGAAGAGGAGUUCAAAGCACAACUUGUGGCAUGGAAAGAAACAAAGAAGUGUUAGCUUGCAUCA